AUGCUGAUGAGACCAUGGCAGAGCUGCUUUCUGUUCGGGCUGAUCCGCCACUGCCGCGGCUACAAGGUCUUCGGCGAAGACCAGCUGGUACCGACGGUGGACCUGUCAGCGUAUCGGCGGCUCGGUGCCAGAGCAAAGGUGCAGAAACAGGAGGAGCUCGAUGCUCACCUCCGCGCCCGCGGCGCGGCUGCCCUCCGCUCGAGCCGGGUCGACAGAAUCGUUGCUGAAGUUUUAGAGCUCGCGCGCGAGGAAUUCCGGGAGCGCAUGUCUAACGUAGACGACUGGGGCUGGCGCGGCUUUGGCUGCGGCUGGGUCUUCCCGAGGUUGGCGGAGCAGUGCAGGUCGGCGGAGAUGUACAGCCACCCCCACUACCUGGCCUUCAUCCGCGAGGACGGCUCGACUGACCCACCAGAGCUGCCUUUCCGCCUCGACAGGCUUCUUGCCGGCUUGCAGCGGUCCGUCUUACCCUACUUGGAAGACAUGCUCGAGCAUGGCCUUGAUUACGAGCCGGGCUCCUUAGCGGGCGCGCUGCAGAUUACCACUGCCAUCGCGCACUACUAUCCAGAUGCUACGAAGCAGGAGACGCUGCUGACUCAUGCAGCCUUCCACUGCGACGACUCUUUCUUGACUUUGAACCUCGAGACCAACCGCGGAAUCCAUGGGCUGCAAAGUUGGCCCGAAGGACCGCAGAUUCGACGGUUCCAGUAUGACGACGAGGCGAACUCGUCGGUGAUGAACCUUUUCGUGGGUGGAUAUCUCCAAGCCCUCUCCCAGGGGCGCUGGAGGAGUCUGUUGCACUCAGGUUCGAAUCCCAGCAAUGAGGAUCGGCUGUCCCUGACGCUGUUCCUCGGCAUACCCCAGCUCCACGAGGCCGCGCGGGCUCAGCACGAAGGCACCCGCGGCGAACAGGAGCAGCAGGUCUUCGACUGGUUUGGGCAGGCCAAGCACUUAGAUGAGUGGUCGGCCGGCGCUCGGUUCGACGAGAUACAGGACAUGUACACCCAUGGCGAUGGCUUUCGAGAGUCUGUACAAAGCCUGCUCAGCAGAGCCAGGCCACUUCCCUCCAAGACGCGGGCGCGACACUGGCAGGCGGUGGCCAACGCCCGAGCCAAGCUCCGCCGCGUGCCGGCCCUCGCAGCGACGGCGGCCUUCUGCACCCCUGGGGGCUCCGUCGGCGCAACGCGGUCUUUCUCUGCCCUGGCGGCUGGAGCAGCGAUACUCGUCCUGCGGAGGUCAGCCUUGCGAAGGUGA